ACGGCUCACGCUAGCUUUGCCCAAGCCCCGCCCCUCGGCCAAACUUUCCAAAGAGGGAGGUCCUUCUGAAGAAACGAAAGUGAAAUUGAACCGGAGCCAUUUCACAGCCCUGCUCCCCGGCUGCCUGGGCUUGUCCCGAUUCCAGAGGAGCCUCUUGUGUCUUGGAGGCCGACGACCCGCGUUGGGAAGGGUCCCUCUCGGGGAGGGUCACGGCGGGCGGACACCGGGACAUGCCUCGGGCGCGCCAUGGACCUGAGGCAGGGGUGUUCCCUCAACAGAUACCAAACCCAUCCCGUUCAAGGCUAUGAGCACAGCAAGCUCAGACACCAGCAGCCAGGGCUGGGAUCUUAUCCUAAUAGUUUCCAGCUCCAGCAAAUAGAGUUUCUCAAGGGGCAACUCCCAGAAGCACCCCUAAUUGGAAAACAGGCACCAUCACUGCCACUGUUCCUCCCUGGACUCAGGCUAGGGUUUCCAGGACCACCUGCCAGAGGUGGGUACUUUGAGAUCCCGGGUGUCCCCAGGGGCGUGCCUCUCAGAAGUCAGGUGCUCCCAAGAGGGUUCCAGCAUCCUUUCCCACGUGGCCACGUUCGGCCAUGGAGCGGUGUUGAUAGGCUCUCCGCACGUUUCCGGGAACUGACUAUCAGCCAGGAUCAGGAACAAAGGAUCUUAGAGCGCUUGGAGGAGCUUGGGGAAGGGAAGGCCACCACAGCGCAUGAUCUGGCCGGGAAGCUCCAAGCCCAAAAGAAGGAAAUCAAUCAAGUUUUAUACUCUCUGGCAAAGAAGGGUAAGCUGCAUCGGGAGGCAGGAACGCCCCCUUUGUGGAGACUUUCAGUUCCGGUUCAGGCUUGGAACCAGCCCAGCCAAGUAGCGAGAGCAGACAGUCAUAGCCGGGGAGCUCCAAGCUCAGACUUCAGUUUGGAAACUGAAGACAGAAGCUUCACAUCUGGCUUGGAAGAUCCUUCUGAGCCUCUCGACAUGGCUGAGAUCAAGGAAAGGAUCUGCGAUUACCUGUUUAAUGUGUCCAGCUCCUCUGCCCUGAAUUUGGCUAAAAACAUUGGCUUCACCAAGGCCCGAGAUGUGACUGCCAUGCUGAUUGACUUGGAAAGGCAGGGGGACGUCUACAGGCAAGGGACGACCCCUCCCAUAUGGCAUUUGACCGAUAAGAAGCGGGAGAGGAUACAGAUCAAGAGAAACACGAACAACGUUCCGGAAACCACUCAAGCUGCUAUCCAGGAGACUAGAAAAAUCGCAGAGCUCCCCACCUGCAACUUACCUGCGUCAGAUGCCUCAAACAGCAUGGUCACCACAGAAAAAGUGGAGAACGGGCAGGAACCCGUCGUAAAGUUAGAAACUAGGCAAGAGGUCACACCAGAACCAAUAAAACUGAAACCGAAACCACCUGUUCAUGACAAUGGCCCCUCCAAAACAGGGUAUGUUGACUUUGAAAAUGGCCAGUGGGCCACAGAUGACAUCCCAGAUGACUUGAAUAGUAUCCACGCGGCACCAGGUGAGUUUCGAGCCAUCAUGGAGAUGCCCUCCUUCUACAGUCAUGGCUUACCACGGUGUUCACCCUACAAGAAACUGGCAGAGUGUCAGCUGAAGAACCCCAUCAGCGGCCUGUUAGAAUAUGCUCAGUUCGCUAGUCAGACCUGUGAGUUCAACCUGAUAGAGCAGAGUGGACCACCCCAUGAACCUCGAUUUAAAUUCCAAGUUGUCAUCAGUGGCCGAGAGUUUCCCCCAGCUGAAGCUGGCAGCAAGAAAGUGGCCAAGCAGGAUGCAGCUAUGAAAGCCAUGACAAUUCUGCUUGAGGAAGCUAAAGCCAAAGACAGUGGAAGAUCAGAAGAAUCAUACUACUGUUCCUCGAAGAAAGAAUCAGAGAAGACUGCAGAGUCCCAGACUACCACCCCUUCAGCAACAUCCUUCCUUUCUGGGAAGAACCCCGUCACUACAUUGCUUGAGUGUGUGCACAAGUUGGGGAGCUCCUGUGAAUUCCGCCUCCUAUCCAGAGAAGGCCCUGCCCAUGACCCCAAGUUCCAGUACUGCGUUGCAAUGGGAGCCCAUACUUUCCCCACUGCCAGUGCCCCCAGCAAGAAGGUGGCAAAGCAGAUGGCUGCAGAGGAAGCCAUGAAGGCCCUGCAAGGGGAGGCGACCAGCUCAACAUCUUCUGAUGACCAGCCCGGAAGUAUGAACACGGAAUCAUUUGAUAACUUGGAAUCGGUGAUGCCCACCAAGGUCAGGAGGAUUAGCGAGCUCGUCAGAUACCUGAACACCAACCCCGUGGGCGGCCUGUUAGAGUACGCCCGCUCCCAUGGCUUUGCUGCUGAGUUCAAGUUGGUCGACCAGUCCGGACCUCCUCACGAGCCCAAGUUCGUUUACCAAGCAAAAGUUGGGGGUCGCUGGUUCCCAGCCGUCUGCGCACACAGCAAGAAGCAAGGCAAGCAGGAAGCAGCAGAUGCGGCCCUCCGCGUAUUGAUUGGGGAGGACGAGAAGGCAGAGCGCAUGGGUUUCACAGAGGUAACCCCAGUGACAGGGGCCAGUCUCAGAAGAACUAUGCUCCUCCUCUCAAGGUCCCCAGAAGCACAGCCAAAGACACUUCCUCUCACAGGCAGCACCUUCCACGACCAGAUAGCCAUGCUGAGCCACCGGUGCUUCAAUGCUCUCACCAACAGUUUCCAGCCCUCCUUGCUUGGCCGCAAGAUCCUGGCUGCCAUCAUCAUGAAGAAAGACUCUGAAGACCUGGGUGUCGUGGUCAGCUUGGGGACAGGGAAUCGCUGUGUGAAAGGAGAUUCUCUAAGCCUAAAGGGAGAAACCGUCAAUGACUGCCACGCAGAGAUCAUCUCCCGGAGAGGCUUCAUCAGGUUUCUCUACAGCGAGUUAAUGAAGUACAACCCCCAGACUGCGAAGGAUAGUAUAUUUGAGCCUGCUAAGGGAGGAGAAAAGCUCCAAAUAAAAAAGACUGUGUCGUUCCAUCUCUAUAUCAGCACGGCCCCAUGUGGCGAUGGUGCCCUCUUUGACAAGUCCUGCAGCGACCGUGCUGUGGAGAGCACAGACUCCCGCCACUACCCUGUUUUUGAGAAUCCCAAGCAAGGCAAGCUCCGCACCAAGGUAGAGAACGGAGAAGGCACAAUCCCAGUGGAGUCCAGUGACAUUGUGCCCACGUGGGAUGGCAUUCGGCUGGGGGAGAGACUCCGAACCAUGUCCUGUAGUGACAAGAUCCUGCGUUGGAACGUGCUCGGCCUGCAGGGGGCGCUGUUGACCCACUUCCUGCAGCCUGUGUAUCUCAAGUCCGUCACACUGGGUUACCUUUUCAGCCAAGGGCAUCUGACCCGUGCCAUUUGCUGUCGUGUGACAAGAGAUGGGAGUGCGUUUGAGGAUGGACUCCGACAUCCCUUCAUUGUCAACCACCCCAAGGUUGGCCGAGUCAGUGUAUACGAUUCCAAGAGGCAAUCCGGGAAGACCAAGGAGACAAGCGUCAACUGGUGUUUGGCUGACGGCUAUGACCUAGAGAUCCUAGAUGGGACCAGAGGCACCGUGGAUGGGCCACGGAAUGAAUUAUCCCGGGUCUCCAAAAAGAACAUUUUCCUUCUGUUCAAGAAGCUCUGCUCCUUCCGGUACCGCAGGGAUCUACUUAGACUCUCCUAUGGUGAGGCCAAGAGAGCUGCCCGUGACUACGAGAUAGCCAAGAACUACUUCAAAAAAAGUCUGAAGGACAUGGGCUACGGGAACUGGAUAAGCAAACCCCAGGAGGAGAAGAAUUUUUACCUCUGCCCAGUGUAGUGUGAUCCGGUGACUGAUGGGUCAGGGUGUUUCACACUGGGGUGAGAGAGAGAGGUCGUAGCAUUCCUCAUCACAUUGGUCAAGGGUUUUUGGUUUUUGGUUUCCUUUUUUUUGUUUUGUUUUGUUUUGUUUUGUUUUUAAAUGGAACCACAAUUGGUAACACUGAGAACUUUGGGUUCCUGUUUUUCCUGCUUUCUUUGGGAUUACUAGGCCAGGUCUAGCCAUCCCCCUUCUCUUUUCCCAAGCAGAGGGUAGAGACCUAACGGCAGAGAGAAGGGGUUGUUCCUUCGUUGCGCCCACUUCCUCUUCCUUCUUCGUUUUUUCCUGUUUCCGUUCCCUUUGUGUUUGCUACACUGACCUCUUGUGGUCUCGAUUAGGUUCCAGUCAACAGUGUGAAUCAUGCCAGGGACUGAUGAUUUUUCAUUUGUGGAUUCUGAGGCCCCUCUGCUUCCCCUCCUCCCCUUCUGAGAUUCCUUCUUCAUGAUCAUUAAGUUUUACCUUUUCCUCCAAGAGGGUAAAGAGGUGAACUUAAAGAAUUUGGUGAAACAUUUGUAAGGGCAGGAGUUUAAAACGGCAGUCAGCUUGUUACCCGUGCCAAGCGUGAUCAGAAUCUGCAGACAACGCUCAGUGCUCUUCGGAUUGUGCACUUGAGCUGCCUUGGGAGGGCCAAGAGGCAGGGAAGGCUGCUGCUUGGGAAGUGCCUCCCUUCCCCAGGUGGCAGGGAAGGCUGGGACCAGCCAGACGGGGCUAAAGGAAUUGCCCGAGCAAUAGGGAAAGUCUGCCCUGCAGGGGUGACACAGACCACUUCCUGGGGAAGCAGACAUAUCUUGGAAUGUUGCCAAGCUCCCAGCUGUCCCUCCUAAAGCAUUGCUAGGAAUUUGUCCUACCAAUGGGGGAAGUAGCGCCAUAGACCCCAACCAACUGGUAGGAAAAAAACCCAGGAUAAAUCCUAGAGGGUAAAUCAUCUCUGCUCAGAUAAUCAGGACCUAGCAGGAAUAAGGGCAAAAAAUCAUGUUGGGUCAGAUCACUGUUCCACCCAGCAUGUUUCUUAUGACAGUGACACCAAGGGAAGGUGACUAAAUCAUGGGUAAAUUGAGAGUUUUAAAAAGAAUGCCGUAAAUGUUGAUUCCUAACAGCUACAGAUAACCUGUAAUUGCACAGAUUUAAAAGUCAGAUGUCAUUUUCCAUUGAUUAACCAAGUGCUUUUGUUUUGCCUGAUAGCUUCAGAAGGUUGUUUGUGGGCGGGUCACAGACCUGAGGUCUCCCUGCCUGCUAGGGAAUCUUUAUAGGGUUGACAUUCAACAGUAGUUCUAGGUGAAAGGGCAGGUUGUCCUAAAACUCUGUGAGAUGGGACCCUUGGUCUAUCCCUCAAGGUACUGUGGACUCUUGUCAGAGCCUUCGACUCUCUGUGGAGUCUGGCUCUGGGCCUAAGCCAGCCAGACAUGCUCAAGGAAAGUACAGAGGCCCUGCCACCUCCAGGCCUGAGCCUGCCUCUUUCCUCUGGAUGAUUCCUCUAUCAUUAUCUGUGAACAUGCCGAGCCAGUGCCCUCAGAUGAUUUUCCAUCCUCCCCCACACCCCACAAGCUACCGACUAGUUAACCCCCUGUCUGUCCCACCUCUUCAGCAGUGGAUACAUCCGCAUCCACACAUUUAUUCUUGUGGCUACCGUUCUCUCUGUACUUUUGACCAAAGUGAGAAAACGUAAGUCUUUAAAUACAUUAAGGAUACCUUUGCAGAACACCAAAGUGUCCCAAGGAACUAGGAGGGAAACAGUGCCUGUCUUCUGGGGUGGAAGAGGCCUGCCCCCCAGUCCUGUGAAUCUCCUGAUGGCACACAAAAUCAGUCCUGCCCCAGGAGGCAGCUCAUCUCCCUAGUUCUUCAGGCUGGAGGGUAUCACCUACUGAUUCCUCGGCAUGUUCGGCCCCUGUGGACCGUCUUGGGCAUUGGAAUCUCCUGCAGAGCUCAGACUCGGCUGCCUCUUCUUUAACCGGGAGCACGGGCGCUCUCAAAAGGUCAGAGCCCCUGCUUGCCCCAAGAUCUUGUCUAGCGAACUUAACAGUAUUCAGUUUCUGCUGUAGGGAGAGAGCAAGGCUUCCCUGUACCCAUGCAUCUGCUGGAAACAAGCCUGUGUCAGGCCCUGCGCGGCCGCGCCCACCCCUGCCCCUCUGAGUCACAUGGGACAGAGGCAGAACUCCCACCUAGAGUGUUCUCUUCACUUUUUCGUCCAAUCUUUGUUUUUAGUAAGCAAGACCUUCUCCCCAGCUUUUUCUUUUUUUUUUAAUGAUCUUUGUAGUUGAUUUGUCUGAACUGUGGCUAUUGUGCAUUCUUUGAAUAAUCACUUGUAAAAACUGUCGCUGCUUCAAGCUAUUUCCUUUACUCACGUUGAAGGGAUUUUGCUGGUUUUUGGGGUCUUGGUAGUGACUCCAAGAGCAGAGUGGGGAAGAGCCCAAGCGUAGACUUGGGUGCCACGAUGGGUGCAGUCAGUUUUAUGAUUCCACUUUUAUGUGUCCCUUGGUAAAAGUGACUAACAAUAUACAUUCCUCAUAAAUAAAAAGAAGAAUCUUAAUUGUUAGAAAA